AUGUCGCUCAAAAAGCUCACGCCCGACAGUUAUCGGGUGGGAUGGAUCUGUCCUCUCGAGGUAGAGCAAAUCGCAGCGAUGCAGAUGCUCGACGAAGUACACUCGGUUCUCGAACAAUCCUUCACCGACCACAACGUUUAUACACUCGGCAGUAUUAAUGGACACAACGUUGUGAUUGCCGGUCUUCCCCAAACAGGCAAUUGCUCUGCAGCCACGGUCGUCACACAGAUGAGGAUGACAUUUCGGAACCUCAGAUAUGGCCUGCUAGUCGGUAUUGGAGGAGGUGUGCCUACAGAGACAGACGAUGGGGUUAUCCGGCUGGGACAUGUGGUGGUUAGCAAACCGAUUGAUGAGCACUCCGGAGCGGUCCAAUACGAUCGUGGCAAGGCAGAAGUCGGUCAUCUUGAACGCACCGGUUCUCUGAUGCCUCCACCAGCCGUUCUCCUCAACGCUGCGCAAUCCUUAGCUGUCCAAAGGGCCCGGAUAGACUAUGAUCCCAUUUGGAGAGACACGUUGAGAUUUAACACCAAAAUCCGAGGGCAGAGACAGUUCAACUUUCCAGGUAUCGCGAACGAUCAUCUAUAUCAGCCAGACUAUUACCAUCAGAAGCAGGGCAUGUCUUGUGAGAAAGCAGGAUGCAAGCCAGAGCAACGAAUUAAAAGGCCAGUCGAUGAAGACGACGAAGAGUUUGUUGUCGUGCAUCGAGGCACUAUCGCGUCUGGAGAGCUGGUCAUUAAGAGUGCGAGCCGGAGGGAUCGUUUAGCACAGCGGCAUCGAGUUUUAUGCUUUGAGACGGAAGCAGCGGGAGCACUUGCCGAUUUUCCUUGUAUGGUGAUUCGAGGCAUUUCCGAUUAUUGCGAUUCUCAUAAGAACAACAGCUGGAAGGGAUUUGCAGCCGCCGCCGCCGCCGCUUAUGCCAGGCAGUUGUUCUUCCAUAUGCCUAUCGAGUUGGUACAAGAUAGCCCAUGUAAACCAACCCCGUUCAAACUUCCAUUCUAUUUGCCCGAGAUCAGCCGAAUCUCAAAGUUUAUCGCAAGAGAGGAGGAGCUUACACGAAUGCAUGAGGCUCUCCAGAGCGCAGCUCAACGCCGUCGUGUCGCUGUCCUUCAUGGGCUUGGGGGUAUAGGCAAGACUCAGCUGGCAAUCGAAUACUCUGAUCGGUACCGCAAGGAUUACUCGACAAGCGUUUGGCUAGACGCGAGGGACGAAACAACGAUAAACCAAAGCCUUCUCCGGUUGGCAACACGGAUCGAUAGCCAUGGCGCAUCGGUGAAUUACAUCUCUGCCGCAGUUCAGGGCAAAGAUCAAACUCAAAUUGUGGCGGCAGUUAAAAGGUGGUUUGAGGAGCCUGAGAACAAUUAUUGGCUGAUUAUAUAUGAUAACUAUGAUCAUCCAAACCUGGAAAUUGCCGGUACUAAGAAUAAGGAUUGCUCGCCCCUUCCUAAAGAGAAAACUCCUCGCGCGGAUUCUGUUGGUCUGGAGGGAGAAGCGACAUCGGAGCCGUAUGAUAUUCGAAAAUACUUACCAGAGGCUGACCAUGGCGCUAUCAUCGUGACUUCGCGCGUGUCUUUAAGGAAGUUGGGAAGCUGCAUUCAGAUCGAGAAAUUUCAGCAUCUAGAAGAGGGGUUAGAGAUAUUGGCAUUGACGUCAUGUCGAGAGAACAUAAGACAAGGUAGGGUGGCCCUAGCCAACUACGAGACCACAAGACUAAGACAAUUUGAAACAGACAGCGCAGCUAUCGAACUUGCACAGCGACUUGAUGGGCUUCCUCUUGCUCUUGCAUCGGCGGGAGCUUACUUGGAGCAAGUGCCUAUAACGUGUACCGAAUACCUCCAAGAGUAUCAAAAGUCUUGGGUGCAGUUACACGAAGGCACCUCAGAACUACCAUCGUAUGAUAAAGCCUUGUGCACGACGUGGAAUAUCUCAUAUACGCACAUUGAGAAGCAGAAUUCAAAUGCAGCGCUUCUACUUCGCCAAUGGGCCUAUUUCGACAAUAAUGACAUAUGGUAUGAGCUAUUGCAGGGUGGUGAAUACAAACCGGACUGGCUUCGAGAUUUGACAAAAGAUCGUCUCACCUUUCACGGGGUAAUGAAGCUUUUAUGCAAUCAUGGGCUUGUACAAGCCAGCUUGCUCGACACACCUAAUGCAGCACAACGUGCAGGGUCAGCUGGUUAUAGCGUGCAUGCAUGCGUCCACUCUUGGAUGAUUCAUGUUCUUAAUCAGCAUCUUUGCGAGGAGAUGACUCGCGCAGCGCUUCACUGCGUAGCAUCUUACGUUCUGGAACCAGAACAGCCUGAGUCUUUAUCCAAGCAACGGCGGCUCCUAAGGCAUGCGGAUCGAUGCUAUGAUAUGAUCAACACAAUUGAAGUCCGAAACGAAGAGCUAGAGCUAACAUAUAAUUUGGGCUCGCAAUAUUUCUUUCAAGGCCGAUUUGGUGGAGCCGAAGCCAUGUAUGAACGAGCACUUCAAGGACUUCAACGCCGGUUUAAGAAAGCCGGAGCUUUGCUCAGCUGGGCGCUUGAAGGGCGGAGGAAAGUAUGGGGCCCAGAACACUCAUCAACACUCGAGACUGUUGUUAAUUUAGGACUGCUCUAUUACGAACAAGACAGAUUCAGAGAAGCUGAAGCGAUGUAUGAGAGGGCGCUCCAGGGACAAGAGAAAGUAUUGGGGCCCGAGCAUCCAGCAACACUCAUCACAGUUGGUAAUCUAAGACAUGUGUAUGCAUCGCAAGCGCGAUAUGAAGAAGCUGAAGCGAUGUAUGAGAGGGCGCUCCAGGGAUUCGAGAAAGUAUUGGGGCCCGAGAAUCCAGCAACACUCAACACAGUUGGUCAUCUAGGAAGUUUGUACACAUCGCAAGCGCGAUUUGAAGAAGCUGAAGCCAUGUAUAAAAGGACGCUUAAAGGGUUCGAGAAAGCAUGGGGACCGGAGCAUUUAUUAACCCUUGGCACAAUGACGAAUCUAGGAAUCCUCUACAGUGAACAAUGCCGAUUCAACGAAGCUAAAGCACAAUUUGAACAGACACUUACGGGCUACGAGAAGACUCUGGGGCUUAAGAGUAUGAAAACAAACCUUAACGCAUUAAGCUGCCUCCAAAGCUUUGGAAAUCUUUAUUAUAAACAAGGCGAGCUGCAAAACGCUAGGGAAUACUAUAUUCGUGCACAGGAGGGCUGUCUUGUUGUUUAUGGGGCUGAUACUCCCAUUCAUCGUUACGUCACAUAUAACAGCCGUGUCCGAUCCGCAUAAAACAAAAGAAGGAAAGACAAAAGAGGCAUUUCAUACCACCCACCUCCCAAAAUCCUCAUCAAAAAAGCAACCCAUAACGACAGCGAGCCAAAAAGCAUUCAAUUAUUCCACAUUUGCCAACCCUCACGUAAAGACGUCCCAUCAUCAUGACAACAACUAUUUUUCCUCUUUUCAAAUUUCGGAGUUGUCGUCGGUGUUUGUGCGUCGAUAACCGCUCUUGGUUCGUCUCGCCCUGCGCUCCUCUCUCUCCCUCCUCCUCUGCUCCUUCAGCUCAGGCAACGGGUGGUGGUAGCUCUUGGUGCCGACCUCACUCUCGCCCUCCUCGGGGAUGCUCUCGCCAAGAGUAGUCGAGCCACCGCUGCCGCUAGCCGUGCCAGACAGCAGACUCUCGCUCAACUGGCUGUCUGUCGCCGUGCCGGUAGCUCGCUGGUAGGCAAAGUCUCGUUGGGCCACCUUGUCAGCCGCGCGCAGUCGUCGAGCCUCGGCACGCAUUCUCUCGGAUUCCCUGUUCUCUCUACGGUCCGCAGUCGAGUACACCUUUCGGAUACCACCGCUCCUGGUCUUGGGAGGUUCAGACUUGGGAGGAGGAUCCGAAGUAGGCGUGGGUUCCUGGUUGGCAAGUAGUUCGGAGGUUGCGCCAACAGAAGAUUCAGCCGCGUUUGUAGAUCCUUCCCACUCUGAGCCUUCGGCCUCUUUGUUGAUUCCGCCAACGCGGGCGGGCUUUUCGUGACGGUAAUUGCGCAGGAACUUCUUGGCAUCUCGCUCUGCCUUUUCGUCCACGACGCCCUCGAAUUCGUUGGAGCUGGUGCUUUUGCCCUUUUCGCCGCGUCGCUUUUUGCGCUCGGCCUCUCGGGCUUCCCUCUUCUUCUUGCGCUUCUCGCGAGCAAAGAUAUCACUCGCACCGGCAGUGAUGCCGCUCAGAGCAGUGCUUUCCGUGAUUACAGUGUGGCCGUCAUCCUCGUGGUCGUCGUAGCGCUUGUAGACACUUCCACCGCCCAGAUUCGUCGAGCGGGUAGCGUUGGAGAGAAUCGUUCCAUUGGGUCCCUUGCGACGCAUAACCGUGGAUUUGUAGUCGUCCCAAUCGUCGUCCUUGAAGUGGAUGCCGCCGUUCUUGGCCCAGAAGAAGAACCAGAUGCCCGUUACGACAAAGGCAACGCCGAUGAGCGCGAAAAGGAAGAAGAAGCCGGCAUUGUUGAUGUCAUGGGGGUCGAGAACGCCUUUGGACGGGUCGUUGGUUCGUUUGGCGAGGCGAGCAAAGAUGCGCGCUCCCUCAGCGAGAGGGCCAUCCGCAGAGCUGGGGAAGACAUCGGUGUCGAUAACAUCAACAGUCUGCGUGCCGGUGAGGGCCUGUCCGGCACUCUCCAGCGCCGGCGCCAUAUUGAUGGAUGAUUGAUUGAAAGUUGUUGGAAUGCGGAAUGUCUCUCGGGUUGAGUGAAAUGCGGGUAAGCUGCGAGAGGGCCAAUCGCGGUCGUAUCAGCCAGCCAAAGCCUCUCCAAAAGAGCCGUGGCUGUGCGCUUGAGAAAAACAAGAGACGAUGCGUGUCUCGCUCUUGAAAAAUCGCCGUGACGUUAUCAACAACAAC